AUGUCUACGCUUCCGAGAACUCUCAGCAACCUCCGCAAGGUCGGAAUCAAGGACUACUUCAAGCAAAUGCUGUACAUCGUCCGAACUCGCUGGGUCGAAUAUGCCAAGCACGAUUACGAUGCUGCCCAGGUCGACCCAGGCUGGCACGCCUGGCUUGCCUAUAUGGUAGAUAAGCCUCCCACCCAGGAUGGCCUUCUCCAGACCAAGGCCCGAUCCGCCAUUCCCAACUACACAGGCACGAGGAGCGCUUUCAAGACUUAUAACACGCUUUACCUCGUUUACGACUCUUAA